ACCGCCGGUCCCGCCCCCUCCGCCCCACCCCAAACCCUCCCGCCGCACGCCAGCCGGGCUCGCGGUGCCGUCGGGGACUCCUCCCCACCCCUCCGCUCUCACCCGGCUCGUCCCCUACUCGUUCGCCCGAUGACGAGGAGCAACGGAGCGAGCGGCAGCGGCGGCAGGCAGCAGCAGCAGGCGUCGGCGGGGAAGCUCCCCCGGAAGCGCUUCUACCGCGCCCGGGCGCACAGCAACCCGCUCAGCGACUCUCACUUCCCGGUCCCGGUAUCACCGGACGAGUUCGGCCUGUCGCAGCACUACCCGCGGUACUUCCCGGCCGACAAAGGUGGCGGCGAGGAGGCGCCGCCGCCGCCGCGGAUCCGCUUCGCGGACGUGGGGUGCGGGUUCGGAGGGUUGCUCGUUGGCCUCUCGACCCUGUUCCCGGACACGCUCAUGAUCGGCAUGGAGCUGAGGGAUAAGGUAACUGAGUAUGUCAAAGAGAGAAUUUUAGCUUUAAGAGCAUCAAACCCAGGACAGUAUGACAACAUAUCUGUUGUGCGCACCAAUUCGAUGAAAUACAUCCCAAACUACUUUAGGAAGGCUCAGCUCUCCAAGAUGUUCUUCCUGUUCCCUGAUCCUCACUUCAAGGAGAAGAACCACCGAAGGAGGGUUAUCAGCAUGCAGUUACUUGAUGAGUAUGCUUAUGUGAUGGAAGCGGGAGGAAUCAUAUAUACUAUUACUGAUGUAGAGGAACUUGGAGAAUGGAUGCGGUCAUGUCUGGAGAAACACCCACUAUUUGAAGCUGUUCCGGGUGAAGAGAUAAAAGCCGAUCCAGUUGUCAAAUUACUGUCUACUGCAACUGAAGAAGGCCAGAAGGUCGCUAGAAAUGGAGGGCAAAUUUUCCCGGCCAUCUUCAGGCGCAUCUCCUUACAAGAAGAAUAGGCCACUUUGGAGGUUACUAGGUCCUGGUGCGCUUCCCUAGAUUGUGUUACAUGUAUGUGUCAUUUCGAUAUAUUUGCGUAGCAUAAUUUUUGCUGUUGAAGGUGUAUCGAUUACUACUUUCCAUUGUUCUGCGGACCAAAAUGUUGGCUCUAGAUUACGAGACCACAUGGGUGUCUGAGCUCCUUGUUACCUUU